CCGCCGCCUGCAUUGAGGUCCCGCGCCCUGGGAUCCUGACCCAGUCUCUGUCCCGGGACCCCUGCAGGGCGGGACCGGGCCACUUGUAGUGGACAAUGCCCUUGUGGCAGGCCCGAAGCGGGAUGAUAAGCUGCAGGGAAAGCCAGUUUACACAGCGGCGUGUUUGAUUUUAACGGGAGAUCCCGUUACCACAUGCCUUUCUCCUUUAGUGCAUGACUUGAUUUGUAACCUUGGGUUUGAACUCAGAGAAAAUUGCGAUAUCAGUAGCAUUGUAACUCAGAAUGGUGAAGUACUCUGGAAAGCACUUACAGACCGUGUGAGCUAUGCAGAAUCAGAAUCUGGAUUACAGGGGAAGUGUGCGGCUGCUGGGUCCUGUGUGUGAGGCCAUCCAUCUACAUAUCUUAUCUCUGUCCAGGGCACAGUUUGAAAUUAAGUAUUCACCAUGGUUCCAGUGGACAGCCUAUCCGGAGUUGUUUCUUGAAGUAUUUGAUGCCUUGGAAAGCCUGCACUCUCCGGCCAUCUCCCUCAGUGUGAUGAAACUGACUUCCUGUCUGGAACGAGCCUUAGGCGAUGUAUUUCUACUGAUUGGGAAAGACUGCCCCUUUCUUCUGAGAGAUCUUCUUGCAUCUGCAGAGCUUUCACAAGUCUUUGGACAUGCUGAGAUGGACGUACUGAAAGUCUUCAUCGGGUCUCCCUGUGGACUCAACCUGAGAAACGUCUUGUGGCAUGGCUUUGCUUCCCCCCAAGACAUCCCUCCAAAAUACUGUUCAACUAUGUUGUUGUUGACAGCGGGACUGGGUCAGUUACUGAAGACUUACCUUCACCAAACCAAAGUCCCAUUGGCACACCGACCUUUUGUAACCCUUACAAACCUAGAGGAUGUGACGGUCUUUCCUGGCAAGUUCUGUGUUCCACACUACCCCUUACUGUGUCUUCAUGGAGGCGUUACUUACGAGGUGCUCUCAGCAUUAGAGAAGGUGCUGGUGAAAUCCACCUUCUUCCUAAAAAUCAUGUUACCAUACUGGGAAGCGGCAGUGACCAAGUUCAAGUUGCACAGGUUUGCUGACUGCACUGUGCUGCUGCUGUCACAGCUAGAAGCCGGACUCAGGAGAGUUUUUGUUGCAGUUAACAAGUGUCCUGAUAGACUCCUUACAGCUGAGUCAACAAUUCUGUAUACCACAUUUGAUGAAAUACUGGCAAAACACUUGAAUGAUGGUAGCAUUAACCAGCUUCCUCGUUUCCUUGGAGACCCUGCCAUGGAAUUCUUGUGGGAUUUCCUGAACCAUCAGGAGGGUCCUCGUAUCCGCGAUCGUUUAAGCCAUGGGGAGAUCAACUUACGUGAAUUUCCGAAAGAAGCAGCAAGCCAGCUGCUCACAUUCUCCCUGGUGCUUCUGCUCAGAUUCACUGAGGAAGGCUCCUUGUCAGAGCUGAAGGAGGAAGCACAAAUACAGUCGCUGGUGAGUCUAGCUGAAGGCUACAGAUCCCGUUGCCACCCAGCCUUCCAGCUUCAAAAACAGGUGCUGAGCUGUGAGGAAAGCCUCAGGAUGUGGGAUGUGUUGCCUACGCCGGAAGAGCCGCAUCAGGAAGCAGCCAGAUUGGAAGGCAAUUCUGAAGCAUAUGCCUGCAACUCUUUAAUUAGCAAGAUUCUGUGUGAGUUCUGCCACCAUAUGCCUGGGAGUACCUGUGCCGUAGAUGGCCUGGAUGGUCUUCCCCCGGAGAAGUGGCCCCGGCUGCUCAAGGAGCUCUGCAGCGCACGCAUCCCCACCUUGUUCUGCCCCAGACUUGUUCUGGAAGUUCUGGUUGUGCUCCGGGGCAUCAGCUCCCAGUGCCAGUGUGUAUGUGACCAGGUCACUGCCUCUUUGCAGCUGAGACACCGGCAGUGGGUGGAGCGCAAGCUGCGCUCCAGGCAGCGGCAGAACUAUCUGCGCAUGCUCAACAGUCUUAGACUCCUGUCUCCUAUGCUUCACCUGACUUUGUUGCUCCUUGCACUGGAAGUGAUCAGUGUGCAUGCUGUCCAGGGUAAAAAUUCUCAGGAACGCCAGCAGUACCUGAGGUUCUUAAAAUGGAUCCUACAAUACACUGAGAACCUAGUGGCCUAUACUAACCAGGAGAAGAACAAAUGGAAUGAAACCAUCAAGCUGACACAUGCAGUUUUGUUGAGAAUUUGGACUUUCAGUGAGAAGAAACAAAUGUUAAUGCAUUUAGCCAAAAACGCCACAAGUCAAGCUGACACAAGUUGACAAAGAAAACACAAGUCAGGCUCCUUUGGGCUAUGAGAGAAGACUCAAACAGAUGCAACAGCAAUUUUAAACCCCACCACCAUACACAAGUGAACUUCUGGAUGAAAGAGUAAAAAUGCCAAGUUGCUGUUCAUCAGUGGGCUUUGAUCCCCACCCACCCGCCUCUUGGAUUUAACACCUUAUUUAAAGGAACAAUGUCUACAUGGUGCCAUGUCUCCAGGGAGUCAUACAGAGGACACAUGGCCCACAGACAUGAAGAUGAAUUCUACAUCUCUUCAAGGACAUCUUGUUCCCAUGCAUGAUGACUUGUUAUUGUGUGUCACAUCAGGGCACAGGAUCCUGCACCUCGCAUUGCAUCACUUCAAGGACAUGGAGUCCAUGUACAUGAAGAUGCGUCCUGAAUCACAUCAGACACAUGCAGUUCAUGCACAUGCCUUUCCCCAGCCCAUUUCUCCUAGAGAUGCGUCUACCCUCUGUGCGGUGCCAUUUGUUGCAUAGCAGCAAGAGGCGUUUUGCUGGCUGAAUUGCUGUGGUGUGGAAGUUGAUAACUGUUCCAAAAGGGCAAGGCCAGAGUCCUUUACUGUGAGAUAUCUGUCUUUUGAAAUUGACUAAAAAGAGAUUUGAUGCCAGCCGGGCGUUGGUGGCGCAUGCCUUUAAUCCCAGCACUCGGGAGGCAGAGGCAGGCGGAUCUCUGUGAGUUCGAGACCAGCCUGGACUACCAAGCGAGUUCCAGGACAGCCUCCAAAGCCACAGAGAAACCCUGUCUCGAAAAACCAAAAAAAAAAAAAAAAAAAAAAAAAAAGAGAUUUGAUGCCUGAACCUUACAAAUAUCUUUUUUCCAUGGACCCUCGCCAAACUUUAGCAAAUACUGGUAGUUCUUGCCUGCCAACCCACUUUGUUAAUUAAAUGAUGAUUUUUUUUCUUUAA